UCGUCGGCUUUUCGGUAAAGUUCCUUUAGCGCGGCGGGGUAUUGAGUUGGGCAUAUAUCACAUAUUGCGUCCAAUCGAGCAUCUUAGAGGGGGGUGUGCUCUUGAACGAGAAUGAAGCUAGUGUUGAUCAUAGUCAAAUACCAACAGCUGCAAGAUAGGCUGCAGGAGUCUUGCACACCGGUCGUAGGGCCAAAGUUGCAUCACAAGCACAGAGGUCCAGUGCAAGACUCAAAUUCUGACACAAUGAGCGCAUCCUCUGUUACAGAAUGUAGCAGGAAUCAGUAUUACGAGGAGAUUCUAGGAUACAGACCCAGCUCUCUGCAUGAGGUGGGCUUUGGAAUGCUGCUGUUAGGAUCGCUGCACCAUUCUUUCGACCAUGCAGAAUGGUCUCUCUUCCCCGAUCCUAAAGAGACUACAUCGUGCAUGUAUUCUACAACACAAGUUUACGCCAGUAUCAUGGGAAAAAUAUUCACAAAACGCGCUUUCGGAUAAAGGACGAUCUCGAACUUUCCCGAGAUGAUUUUCUAAGGUUUCACUACAAGCAAUGUAUCCUCAAACACAUUCGGGGUUAUUCGCACUUUUCUUCGUUGGGCUAAGAUCCUCAUCUAGACAGAACGAGAAUUUGGAAUUGACAUUGAUUCUACACUGCAUCCCGCUUCUGAGGCACAGUACCUCAACGAUCCAAGGCGGUACUCAAGAAGUAAUGUGGCGAUGAUUGGACUGAAUUUCCGGUGUAA